AUUAAGUUAAAUGGAAAAGCACAAAAACUGAGAAGGACAUGUCAGAGCAGAAUUGGUUCCUCUUCCCUGUCCCCAAGUUGCACAUUCUACAAGCAAACGGUAACAGACAGUCUUUUUUAAGUUCUGUUCAUCAUUGCGUCACUUUGUUCUCUUUUCAUUUUUUUCCACUUAAAAUUUAACCAGAGUUAACAAUACAGUUCAGUGAGAAUAUGUGAGAUUGAAGAUCCCCAUAGUUACUCGAAGCACAAAGAUUCUUUCCCACCUGCUGUCAACUGCUGGUCCAUUUCUAAACCACUGGUACAUAUCAAGAAAACCUCAACUUUUGUGUCUUCACUUUGCCUUUGUUGAUUUUGGGAUUUUCUUUUUGGUUUCUUUUUUGAAGUCUGGCAGCAUAGAGAGGAAAUCCUUUCUCAGUUUGGAAUUCGGUUUUGCUUUUGUGUCUGGAAUGUGGAAGGAUAAUCCUAAUUGGUUUGCUUUGUUAGAGUAGUUUUGUCGUUUGGAAUUGUUUUGCUUUGUUUAGAGCACUUGUCUUUUGGGAGCUAAAAUUAGAAAAAAAAAAGCUUGGCUUUUGUUUGUAGAGUUUAUGAUAAAAUUUCUGUUUUUGAAGGCUGAAGAUCGAUCGAGUUUUGACUUUUGGCUAGUUCUGUAAGUGGGUUUUGGUCGUAGAAGGUAGAAAUCGUAGAAGGAGAUACUAUAAGUGGUCUUUUAAAUGGUUUUUAGAUUAGCACUUUCUGAAAGCUUGGAAAUUUGUUGUCAAUAUCAGAAGUUUCAUGGUUUAAUGUAUGGCCUUCUUAGGUGAACUAUGAAUUUCUAGCAAAAAUUCAUUAGAUUUCAGAUUUGGGUUUCAGCUGCCAGAAGCUGAUAUUUGCCUGUGGAAGUUAGGAUCUUAUACUUGUCUGUUGGGUUUCAUUUGACACUUUAUAUGUAGAGAUGCUGGACAGAAGCUUGCAAAUGUCACUGAAUUGCCCAUCUCACUUAUCAGUCUGUGUAACUAGGCAGAGAAAUCUUUGUAAGGGAAGGUUGAAUCCGGUUCUAGCUAUGUCCUCAUCCUCAGUGAUCUUACACGCUGGUGAAAGUGGGAAAUUUCCUGAAUCUAGGAAAAGUUCUAGUUCAGGUGCAGCUCUGCUUAGUCAUCCAAACACUGUGGGAAUAAUUGGAGGGGUAUCUGUUGGUUCUACUCUCAAUUUCGUGAGAAAACUAGUGCAUUGGAGUAAGGAAAAUGAAGAGAAUUGCAUGCCUUUUGUUCUUUGCUCUGAUCCAGUUUUGAAUAGGGAGCUUUUUUCCCUGGAAAGGAAUUCUUCUUCUCUCUGCUGUAGAAAUGAACAUUCACAAUUCGAUCAUACCCGGAUUGUUGAAAAUCUACUGAGUAAAAGGGUUUUCCUUGAGAAAUCAGGAGCUUACUGCAUUGUUGUGCCUUGUCAUAUUUCACACUCAUGGCAUGAUGAAGUGUUUAAGGAAUGUUCUGUUCCUUCCCUUCACAUGGGUGAGUGUCUUGCCAGGGAGCUCAAGGAAGCCAAGUUGAAGCCACUUGAAGCUGGGAGCCCUUUGCAAAUUGGGGUACUUGCCACUGAUGCGACUUUAGAAGCAGGGUUUUACCAAGAGAAACUACAGAAUGAGGGUUUUCAAGUUGUGCUGCCAGAUAAAGCAACCGUGGAACACACUGUAAUCCCUGCAAUUGAUGCUUUAAAUAGAAAAGACAUGGAAGGGGCAUGAAAUCUGCUGAGAAUUGCACUCCAGGUUCUCCUUGUGAGGGCAGUUAACACUGUAAUCCUUGCAUCUGAUGAUAUGCGUGACCUCUUGCCUCAGGGUGAUCCUCUUCUUAAGAAAUGUGUUGAUCCAAUGGAUGCAUUGGCGAGGUCAACUGUCAAGUGGGCACAACAAGCUGUUAGGGACGGCAAUAAAGGCUGCUAAAUUAGUAGUUGUAUGCAUUCUUUUGUGAUUUAUUAUUGUUAUUAUUAUUAUUAUAGGGUUUCUUAUUAUCAUUCUUGGGGAAUAAGUCCUGAAAAUGAUCCCCAUACUGUUCUGUAUUAUUUGUGUCAAUUAAGAAAGCAUAAAAGAGUAAAAUAUCAAGAACUUUUUAUGGGCUUCCAUUAGGCCACAAACCUGUUUGGAACGUGUAGUGAAGUUGGAGUUAUGCUGUUGGUCUGGUGUAGGAACUCUAAUUUUUGUUAGAUCAACUCUGUCCCAUAAAUCAUUUAACGGCAAAACUAGUACUCGAGAUUCUGUAUGUGUCUUGCUUUUCGCUAGAAAUUCUGUACUUCUUUCACCCUUCCGUUCUAACCUACUCCCACCAAAAGAGAAUAUAUGGAUAUGUGACAACUAAACUUCGUUAAAGGAUCAGUUGCUGAUUGAAACAUAAAGCACAAUAACACAACUAAAAAGUUUAUGUAAGACGAAUACUUGAACGAAGUGUGCGGGUGGGUAAGUAACUUUUUUUUUAGGACAAGUGAAAGUACAUUUAUCCAAAGGAAAACAGAAGUAAAUCUGUUUUAAAGACAAAUAAUCCCAAGGUCUACAACAGAAAAGCAACACUGUAACAAGCAAUCCGAUUAAGGAACGAGUAAUUAUAAUCUAUACCACAAUGAUCACCAAUAACCUUAUUUUAUGGUUCAGCAGCUACGUUUGAUGGGCACACAGACAAGCUUUAAAGUCUUUCUCAAUCUGCUAAAAAGGAGUAGCAGGUGAUUUUGCUUUCUGGGGGUUUUUUCUCUUCUCUUCAGACAGGGCACGAGUGGCCAG